AUGGCCCCGAACCCAGAACCCAUCACGGCCAAGGCCCUGCCCGAGCUGCUGAAGAACGAUACCAAGGUGAAGCUCGCCGGCAUCGACGUUGACGGCAUGUUGCGCGGCAAGCUCGUCUCCAAGUCCAAGUUUCUGUCCAUCGCCGAGUCGGGUUUCGGCUUCUGCUCCGUCAUCUUUGGCUGGGACAUGCACGAUAGGACAUACGUGCGCGAGCUUAAGGUCAGCAAUGCCGAGAACGGCUACCACGACCUCAUCGCCGUGCCCGACCUGCAGAGCUUUCGGAGAAUCCCCUGGGAGGAUAACGUGCCCUUCUUCCUCGUCAGCUUCUACGACCCCGACACCAACGAACCCGUCUGCGCCUGUCCGCGGGGUCUGCUGAAGGUGACGCUGGACAAGCUCGAGGCGAAGGAUAUGGGCGCCAUGGCCGGUGCUGAGUACGAGUUCUACCAAUUCAAGUCACCCGCCCCAUCUGACGCAGCCUCGGGCACCACGGCCGGAUACCUGCAAGAAAACGCGCCCCAGUCGCUGCCCGCUCUGACCGAGGGCAUGUUUGGUUACAGUCUGACGCGCCCCGUCCACAACAAGGAUUACUUCUACGACAUCUUCGACACGUGCUCCGCUUUCCGUUGCGACAUUGAGGGAUGGCAUACUGAGAGCGGGCCGGGCGUCUUCGAGGCCGCUCUCGAGUUCGGCGAGAUCCGCCAGAUGGCCGAUCGCGCGAGUCUCUUCAAGUACGUCGUCAAGUCCGUCGCCACAAAAUACGGCAUUACACCCUGCUUCAUGGCCAAGCCCAAACAGGGGCUCCCCGGAAACAGCGGUCACAUGCACGUCUCCAUCGUCGACAAGCAGGGCAAGAACCUCUUCGCCCGCGAUACCCCGGAUCCGAACCCAAAGUGGGCCGAUAUUGCCGGCCUCUCUGACCUGGGCCGACACUUCCUCGCCGGUAUUUUAGAGGGCUUGCCGGAUGUCAUGCCCCUGCUCGCGCCGACCAUCAACUCAUACAAGCGCCUCGUCGAGAACUUCUGGGCCCCCGUCACUGUGUCCUGGGGUCUGGAGCACCGCGCCGCCUCUAUCCGCCUGAUCGCGCCGCCCACCGCCAAGCCUGGUGCCACGCGCUUCGAGGUCCGCGUCAGCGGCGCCGACACAAACCCCCACUUCGUUCUUGCUGCCGUCCUGGCCCUUGGCUGGCGCGGUGUCGAGAAGAAGCUGGAAAUCUCUGUGCCGCCCCUUGGGAAGGGCGAGGAGGUUGGUUCCGGCUCUGACCAGGGCGUACGCCUCGCCAAGAGCCUCAAGGAGGCCAAUGACCGCUUCACACGUAAGGAAAGCAUCGCGCGCGAAGUGUUCGGUGACGACUUUGUUGACCACUUUGGUGGCACGCGCGAGCACGAGAUCAGGCUGUGGGAAGAGGCCGUGACUGACUGGGAGAUGAAGCGAUACAUCGAGACGGUUUGA